GAGUAUUCUUGUCCAGAACCAUCAUCUGCAGUCCCCAUCGUGGACGUGUCGCUCGUUCCCCAAACCCUCGUUCGGCGUGGCAUCCGGUUCUCGUCGAAUAUUCAUUCCUUCUCUCCAUAGUUCCCGCCCGACGGACGAAAAUUCCGGCGCCGUCCUCCUGACCGACCGUGUCGCGUACAGAUGCACCUCCCCUGUCCUCUACUUCUUCUUCUACUCGCCUCUUUCCAUGUCGACGUCCUCGCCGUGAAGCUCCCCUUCCAUGUCAUCCACCCGAACCACGACGCGCAGGACGCGGGGCUCGCACGACGCUCGGGGCCCGUCGGCGCCUUCACCAAACGCUCACUCCCAGCGGACGCCCCGCUGAAGCGGAGCGCCCCCGCGCACCGCCUGGCGCACGAACGACGGCGAGCGAUGGAGCAGUACGCACCACGUCAACGCUCAUCACCCCCACACGCCAAACGCACCACGGCGAACAUACCCAUCUCAAACACCGGGAACGCACAGUAUAUCAGUAACAUUACCCUCGGAGGAGUCACGGCACGAGUGCUGCUCGAUACGGGAAGCUCCGACCUCUGGGUAUCCUUCCCCAACGACCAGCCGGACGCGAAGGACCUUGGCAAGAGCGUUUCGCUGUCCUAUGCAGUUGGAAACGCGCAGGGCGACAUCUACGCUGCGGACGCCGAGUUCGGCAACUUCUCCAUCUCACAGCAGGUCUUCUUAAACGUCAAGGACACUUCCUCCUUCUCCAGCGAUAUCCAUGCUCAAGGAUACGAUGGCCUUCUCGGCAUCGGUCCGAACGAGGGCUCCUCGAUCAUGGACGAGCUGGACCCCGACGACGACGACCACUCCGCCGACACCACCCUUGCCCGCAUCUUCGCUGAGAACUCCACCGAGAACAACUACAUCACCUUCCUCCUCGAUCGCAAGAACUCCCCUAGCACCCCCUUCACCGGCCAGCUUACCAUUGGCGAGCUCGUACCCAUGUUCAGCAAUAUCACCGACAUGCCCAAGAUUGAUGUGGAGACAGUACACAAGCUGCUCGAGGAAGAGCAACAUUGGCAAGCGCUAACCGACAAGGACAACGGUAUCAUCGGUCCCGACGGCAACGUUAUCAAGUACGACUCCAUCGUCCCCAAGGCCCCCGACGGCCAGCUCGUCGCAGUCUUCGAUUCCGGCUUCACCUUCUCUCAAGUCCCCCGCGAAGUUUCCGACGCCAUCUACGGCCGCGUCAAGAACGCCGUCUACGAUUCGGACAGCGAAUACUGGACCAUACCCUGUGGUCAGGAGCUGAACAUCACAUUCAACUUCGGUGGUUACAAGUAUCCUGUCCACCCCCUCGACACCGUCGACGACAACUUCGGUAUCAAGAACGCUGCGGGGGAGCGCGUUUGCAUUGGCUCCUUCCAGCCCAUCACGACUGCGUUCAGUCUUCUUGGGAACUACGACAUGAUCAUGGGCAUGAGCUUCUUGCGAAACGUUUACACGCUCAUGGACUUCGGCAACUGGGUGCCCACAUCCAGCAACGACCGCGGACACCCCUUCAUGCAGCUCCUCUCUGUCACCGACCCGGACUCCGCGCACCAGGACUUCGUCACGAAGCGCCUGGACGGCACGGACACGACCGGCGACGACAAGUGGGCGCUCCUGCCCGAGUCGCAGAAGCAGUCGUCCCCGGUCAGCGACGAGGAGAAGAAGAAGCAGUACCAGGAGAUGAUCCUGUCGCGCUGGCCCUACAUCCUCGUCGGCUGCCUCGCCUUCGUCAUCAUCGUCGUCGGCCUCAUCAUCUGGCGCUGCUGCUGCCGGCGGCGGGGCACGGGCAAGGGCCGCGGCUUCUUCGGCGUCGGCAUGAGCCGUGGGCCACCCAAGGAGCAGGCAACGUCGGUGACGAGCGAGUACCUGAAGCUGCGCGAGCAGAACGCGAGCCAGUACUCCGUGAACGACCCGCAUGCGAGCCAGUACUCGGUGCACAAGCAGAACUACUAGCCGGACUCGGGCAGUGUCAGUGUCGUGGUUAUGCGGACCCCUUCCGUGUGCUAUCUGUCUACCAGCAGUUUAAACUACUAAUUCGCACAAUGUAUUACUGGAUUUACUUCGCCGCUGCCUGUGGCUCUUGGGAUCAGGGACUAACUUAUGCUGUUGUCUACCGGGGAUGCUACAUGAUAGAGCGUGAAUGUCGUCGUGAGGGACGCCACGUAUACAGCCCUAUAUCCGCGUGAACGUCCAUUCUACGCCGACUGCGUAUCAUCCAGGCGACCAC